AUGCACCUGCGCCGAGGGAUGCGCAGAGAGCGGAUUAGAAACUUUUCAAUCAUUGCUCACAUCGACCACGGCAAGUCCACAUUGGCAGAUCAGCUGCUGAUGCGGACAAAGACAGUGGAUGAUCGAGACAUGCAGGCUCAAUUCUUGGAUGGGAUGGACCUGGAGAGAGAGCGGGGGAUCACCAUAAAGCUUAAUCAGGCGCGCAUGAAGUACACGGCCUCGGACGGGCUGACAUAUGCGCUGAACCUGAUCGACACCCCUGGGCAUGUCGAUUUCAGCUACGAGGUGUCUCGCUCUCUGGCUGCCUGCGAGGGCUGCCUACUAGUGGUGGACGCCAGCCAGGGUGUUGAAGCCCAAACGCUGGCGAACGUGUACAUUGCUCUGGAGAAUGAGCUGGAGAUCAUUCCCGUCCUCAACAAGAUUGAUCUUCCAGGUGCUGACCCGGACAGGGUGAGGCGCGAGGUGGAGGAGGUGGUGGGCCUGGACUGCAGCGACGCCAUCAUGGCCAGCGCCAAGCAGGGCAUCGGCAUCGAUGAGAUCCUUGAAGAGGUCGUGCGCCGCGUCCCGCCGCCGCCCGACAACCGCCACAAGCCUUUGCGCGCGCUCAUCUUCGACUCUUACUACGACCCCUACAAGGGCGUGAUAGUGUACUUCAGGGUGGUGGACGGUCAGAUGGUGCCCGGGGACGUGGUGAGGCUGAUGAACACCGGGAAGGAGUACCAGGUAGACGAGGUCGGCGUCCUUGCGCCCAAGCAAGUGCCGGUGGACGCGCUGUACGCGGGGGAGGUGGGCUAUUUGGCGGCGAGCAUAAAGGCGGUGGCGGACGCGCGCGUGGGGGACACCAUAACGCUGAAGAAGGGCGGCACGGCGGAGGCGCUGGACGGGUACCAGGAGGUGCAGCCCAUGGUGUUCUGCGGCCUCUUCCCCACCGAUGCCGACCAGUUCUCCGACCUGCGCGAGGCGCUCGGCCGCCUCCAGCUCAACGACGCCGCGCUCCAAUACGAGCCCGAGGUGUCGAGCGCGAUGGGGUUCGGCUUCCGAUGCGGCUUCCUGGGGCUGCUGCACAUGGAGAUCGUGCAGGAGCGGUUGGAGCGCGAGUACGACCUCGACCUCAUCACCACGGCGCCCACCGUCGUCUACAAGUGCCUCCGCGCCGGCGGCGAGGAAAUGAACGUUGACAACCCCUGCAACCUCCCAGACAAGCACGACAAUCUGCAAGAGCCCUACUGCAGGAUGGAGAUCAUCACUCCCAAGGACUUUGUGGGCCCCAUCAUGGAGCUGGCGCAGCAGCGGCGGGGGGACUUCAUCGACAUGACCUACCUCACAGAGACGCGCACCACCCUCGUCUAUGACCUCCCCCUUGCCGAGGUGGUGACGGAUUUCUUUGACGAGAUGAAGAGCCGCAGCCGUGGCUACGCCAGCAUGGAGUACCACAUCACAGGCUACCGCAAGAACGACCUCGUCCGCCUCGACAUCAAAAUCAACGGCGAGACGGCGGACCCGCUGGCAUCGAUUGUGCACCGGGACAACUCGUACCGGGUGGGCCGGGCGCUGGUGAAGCGGCUGAAGGAGCUCAUACCGCGCCAGCAGUUCAAGAUCCCCAUCCAGGCCGCCAUCGGCUCGCGUGUCAUCGCCUCUGAGAGCAUCUCCGCUCUACGAAAGGAUGUGCUGGCAAAAUGCUAUGGAGGAGAUGUCAGUAGAAAGAAGAAGCUGCUCAAGAAGCAGGCCAAGGGCAAGAAGCGCAUGAAGAGUUUGGGCAGGGUGGAUGUGCCUCAGGAGGCAUUCAUGGCCGUCUUGAGUCUGGGAUCCGAUGAUGGGGACUGA